AUGAUUGCAUAAUCUCCACAUUUCAAAUUGAAUCCAAUGAUACCAUUAAGUGUUCACCAUAAAAUAUCUAUAAUUGAAGAGGAGCCAGAUGACUUAGGGUUGGAACAUUCCAAAAUAUCAUUUAAUGAAUAAUUAAUAGUUUGUACAUACAAACCUAAUCAGAAUGUUACCAACAUAUAAAAAACAAUUUUAAAAUUAAAAGGACAACCCAGUUUAAGUUGGGUUAAUCCAAUCCUUAUGGAUGAUAAUAAAACAUCAAAUUCAAUAUUGAAAUGCUCUCAAGACCCAACAAGAGUUUGUUCCAUUUAUAUAUGA